GUUUUUAUUUGUGAAUUUUAUGCAGGCAAUCCUGUAUGGGUGACUCAAACUCUUGUCUUACCUUAAAGAACAUACUGUGCUCAAGACUACCAGAAGAACACAGCCUAAUGUCUACUUUCCUACAAGUAUAUUGUUGUGGGCUAUUUGAAGAAAUAGAAUGUUAAAUAUUUUUCAUUAUUGGAACCAUGAAAAGGGCAUAGGUUAAAAUUAGAACUAGACUGACAUUGCAUUGGAGUCUGAGUGAGAGUUUUAAAUGGCUUUGGUAAUGCAGACAAGAUUCAUAAUUUAUCUCUGCUCUUGUCCAGAAAGCAAUGAGUUACAGAAAAUCCUUGAAAACACCAAAUAAUUAAGUGGUGCAUUGAGCCUGAAAUUCAGUCAGAUUCCUGCAAGCAAAUCUGAACAUGUAAAGGAUCAUGGCUGAAACCGCAGUUUGCCUGGGAACAUUCUCUGCUGUGAAGACACUCUGGGAAGUGAGAAUACACAAGAUAAAUGAAGAAUUACAGAGAGAAAAGGAAUUCAGGCAGAGGUCUGCAGGAAGGCUACUGCUUGUCUGGGAGGAGAGAGCUGCUUUAGCAAAGCUUAAAGAAAAAGUUAUUAAUGAAGGUGGAAGAGCAAUUUUAAGGAUAGAGGAAGAAGAAUGGAAGACAUUACCUUCGUGCUUAUUGAAAUUAAUCCAUCUCCAGGAAUGGCAGCUUCACAGAACUAGUUUGCAGAAAAUUCCUCAGUUUAUUGGAAGAUUUCACAGCCUUGUUGUUCUGGAUCUAUCCCGGAACUCAAUUGAAAGUGUACCUAAAGAAAUUGGCCAGCUGACCAGCCUCCAAGAGCUGCUUCUCAGUUACAACAGAAUAAAAUCUGUUCCUAAGGAAAUAAGUAACUGCAUCAGUCUGGAAAGACUGGAACUGGCUGUCAACAGAAGUAUCUGUGAUCUUCCUCCUCAGCUCAGUGAUUUAAAGAAGCUGUCACACAUAGAUUUGUGCAUGAAUCAGUUUACUGCCAUCCCUUCAGCUCUCCUCAACAUGCCAAAUCUAGAAUGGUUAGAUAUGGGGGGAAACAAACUCCAGGAGCUUCCUGAUGCAAUUGACAGAAUGGAGAACCUCCACACUUUAUGGCUCCAAAGGAAUGAAAUAAACUCUUUGCCAGAAACCAUUGGUAAUAUGAAAAAUCUUAGUACUCUUGUUCUUAGCAACAACAAACUUAAAGAUAUUCCAGCUUGUAUGAAGGACAUGACAAAUCUGAGAUUUGUCAACUUCAGAGACAACCCACUGGAGCUAGAGGUAACACUCCCUCCAUGUGAGAACACAGACGAGGAGGAGCAGCAGGAAAUGUUUGGCAUUGACUUCAUGCACUUGUAUAUCCAGGAAUCACUCAAGAAAACAGGAAAUGUGGAAAGUUGUACUUCUGGUUCUCCUCCUGUCAUGAAUCCUAAUGAAUAAAGAAUGUAACUGUGAAUGGAAGAAAAGAUCAAGUACACUUCUUCACAGCAAAGAGGCUACAACAGGGUUCAAGUAUUCCUAGGGAUUUUAUUUUUCCACUGAUGAGAAUUGGUUUGCAUAUUUGUAAUUCCAGUGAAACUGGAAAAUAUAAGACCUUUUCUUGGGUACAGCAAAGAUGAGAAAGGGUUUUUUUUUGGAAGAAAUGAAGUAGUUUUUAUAAAAACCUAGAUGACUUUAAAA